GACCGGAGCAGCGGCCACGCCAGCAGGAGCGACCGUCGAGCCAGCAGGACCGCCAAGGACCGCGGCCAGACCAGGCAGCCGGGUCACACACAGGUCAUUGGGGUCUGUCAGCCACCGACGGCAGGUCACCGGAGUGUCAGCCCCGACGGCAGGUCACCGUGGUCUGUCAGCCCCGACGGCAGGUUUCCGUGACGUCACAAGCGCGGCGGCUCGACGCGGCGCCAGGUUGAGAGCCCGCCCACCGCUCCGACCGGCCUGCACCUCGUGCCGGCCGUCCAGUGUGGUGCCAGGGCCGCGCGCGGGACGGCCGCGGCCGCGCUCCCCGGCCCCCGGCGGCCAUGUGCUGACCUGUCACUGCGUGACGGCUGUGUCGGACGCCGCUGACGGGUGUGACGGACGCCGCUGACGGGUGUGACGGACGCCGCUGACGGGUGCCUGUGAGUCUCGGUGAGAUGGCUCCGGUGUUCAGCCACGAUAACCCCGCCUACUCGCCGGACGAGGAGGCUGUGAGGCUGCAGAGUGUGCAGCGGCUCGGCUCCUGGCCCACCGAGCCGCAGGAGCUGCAGCAGCUCCGCAAUGCGCUCGCUGCCGGCCCCGCUCCGGGCUCCGCUCCGGGCCCCGCUCCGGGGGUGGUCCGGGGGUACCUGCCCGGACCGACCCAGCCGCCGAUGCCGACGGGACCGCCGCACAACGCCCCGCCGGAGACGACGCCGCCUGUGACGCAGGAGACGCGGUUCGGUGCCACGAACGGAGUGUCGGAGGCCAUCCCGCGGCCCAGCCGGGCACUGCCCGAUAUGGACCUGGCCAACGGCCUCAACAAAGUCCGGGACAAGGCCAUCGGCUUCGUGCGACAGGGCUCCAGCAAGCGGUUCUACCGGCCAGUUAUCAUUGGCACUCGGAAGGUCAAGGUCGGAGGUCAUGACCUGCCCGGAGAGGUCACUGACCCCGAGGCCAAGCCGAAGCCCGCCUUCCCUGACAACCGUAUCAGCACUUCCAAGUACAAACUGUGGAGUUUCGUUCCCGUCAACUUGUUUGAACAGUUUCGUCGAUUGAUCAACUUCUACUACGCGCUCAAUAUUGCUAUCACGUGUCUAAUCGACAGUCCAGUCAGCCCCGUCACAUCCGCCAUGCCGCUGGGGUUUGUCGUGUGCGUCACCAUGCUCAAACAAGGCUACGAAGAUUGGCUCAGACACAAAAUGGACGACGAGGUCAACAACAAACCAGCCACCGUCAUACGAAACGGGAGAAUACAGGAAGUGAAGACGAAGAGGAUUGCCGUGGGUGACAUCGUGUGUGUGCGGGCGGAGGAGGACUUUCCGUGUGACCUGGUGAUGCUUACAUCCUCCGAUCGGGAGGGUCAGUGCCACAUCCAGACGGCCAACCUGGACGGAGAGACCAACCUCAAGACGAAGGAGUCGCCGGCCCAGACGCGUCACAUGCGCUCUGUCUCCGAUCUGGACGCCAUUAGAGCCUCCAUUGAGUGUGAAAACCCGCGGCCCGAUCUGUACAAGUUCAUCGGCACCAUGAAGUUCCACAGCGCUGCCAGCGGCACGGUCGAGUCGGUGCCCCUGGGGCCGGAGCACGUCCUGCUGCGCGGCUCGCGACUCAAGAACACCGCCAAUAUCUACGGAUGUGCCAUCUACACUGGCCGCGACACCAAACUGGCACUGAACCUGAAAAUCACAAGCAACAAGUUUUCGUCCGUGGAAAAGUCGAUGAACAAGUUCCUGGUGUUUUUCCUGCUGCUGCUGCUGUGCGAGGUCACCUUUGCCACCUUGUUCUCCUUCUUCUACCAGAAGACGCAGGAGGCCGUGACGAGCGACGACGGACUCAUGGAAGGGUCACCCUGGUACCUGCCUGAGGAGGAGUUCGCCCCGAUCAACACCAUCUUCUCCUUCCUGGUCAUCUUCAACUACAUCAUACCCAUAUCGCUCUACGUCACCGUCGAAAUGGUGAAGUUUGCCGGCACGCGGUUCCUCGAGUGGGACGAAGAGCUGGAGUACGAGGGAAUCCGACCAAAGGCCAACACGUCAGACCUGAACGAGGAGCUCGGGCAGGUGGAGUACCUAUUCUCAGACAAGACGGGCACGCUGACGGAAAACGUGAUGCAGUUCCACCACUGUUCGGUGGCCGGACUCAACUACAAGGAGGUGAACGGCGAGCUCCAGCUGCACGACUCCCGCAGACGGGGUCAGGCCGCACUCCAGAGGAUCUCACCCGAAAUGAGGAUGGCGGAGCUGGACGGCUUUCUGACAGCUCUGGCGCUGUGUCACACCGUCCAGGUCACUGAGGCCACCGCAGACGACCUGCUGCCCAGAUACCAGGCCAGCAGCCCCGACGAAAAGGCGCUGGUCGAGGCGUGCAGCAGGUUCGGCGUCGUGUUCGGCGGGAUCACGGACGACAUUUGCAAGGUCACGGUAAAGGGAGAGGUCAAAUACUACAAACGGCUUCACGUCCUGGAAUUCGACUCCGAUCGGAAGCGGAUGUCUGUGAUCGUUGAGGACGCCCAGGGCCGUGUGAUGCUGCUCUGUAAGGGCGCCGACAGCACGGUACUCGCGCAGUGCGUGGAGGGCGACAAAGAACGAACCGUGGAGCACGUCAACUACUACGCUAUGCUGGGUUUGCGGACACUGGUGUUUGCCUGGCGCGAACUCACCAAGGUCCAGCUGGACGAAUUCUCCCUGAAACUGAACCAGGCCAGAUCAUCCAUGAACCGACGGGAGGAGAAAGUCAGGGUGGUAGUGUCUGAGAUAGAGUCGGAGAUGGAGCUCCUGGGCGCCACGGGAGUCGAGGACAAACUCCAGGAGGGCGUGCCAGCCACGCUGGAGAUCAUGCGGGCGGCAGGAAUCAAGAUCUGGGUUCUGACCGGGGACAAGGUGGAGACGGCGGUUAACAUUGCCACCUCGUGCGGCCACUUUAAGCGCGGUACCACCAUGCUGCGGGUGGUCCGAUUCCGCUCCCUGCCUGAGCUCCGACAGGCGCUGGCCGAGCACGACCUGCGGACCGGUCAGGAGAUACACGGUAACUUCGGCCUGGUGCUGGACGGCGAGAGCCUUACGCUGGCUCUUCACUCCAGGGACACCCGCCACCAGCUUCUCGAUGUCGCCACCAGAUGUCAGGCGGUCGUCUGCUGCCGAAUGUCGCCGAUGCAAAAGGCAGAGAUGGUGAAGCUGGUCAAGUACUCCAAGGAGCGUCCGAUCACGGCCGCCAUCGGGGACGGAGCCAACGACGUCUCCAUGAUCCAGGAGGCGCACGUCGGCUUCGGACUGGUGGGUCGGGAGGGUCGUCAGGCAGCGCGCUGCUCCGACUUCUCCUUCGGACGGUUCCGGUUCCUGAGCCGCAUUCUGCUGGUUCACGGCCACUGGUACUACGUGCGACUGGCCAACCUGGUGCAGUACUCCUUCUACAAGAACGUCGCCUUCAUCACUCCGCAGCUGUUCUUCGCGUUCAGCAACUACUUCUCCACCACGAGUCUGUACGACAGCCUGUUCCUCACCUUCUACAACGUGUUCUACACCGCCGCCCUGCCGCUGGCCUACGGGAUUCUCGAGCAGGACAUCCCUGCCGAGACGCUCAGCAGAAGCCCCGACAUCUACCAGCGCUUCGGGAAGAACGUGCUGCUCGGCUGGGGCGAGUUCGUCAAGUGGACUCUUCUCGGUCUUUGGCACGCCAGUGUGCCCUACUUCUUAGUAUGGUACACCUGGCGAGCCGACCCCAUCAUGGUCGAGUCCGGUCGCAUGAUGGGCGUCUAUGCCUUCGGCACGGUCAUCUGCCAGAUCAUCGUCUUCGUCGUCAACUUGAAGAUGAUCAUCAUGAGCAGAUACAUGACGUGGAUUUUCUGGCUUUUCUUCUGUGGAAGCCUCGUCUGCAUAUUCCUCACUGCAGUUUAUUCAAUCCUAAGGAUUCCGAUUCUGGACAACAGCACCAUGUUCGGCGUGUACGAGAUGGUCGCUAGCUCCCCGGCUCUGUGGCUGCUGCAGCUGCUGCUCGUCACCGUCUGCCUGCUGCCCGACCUCCUGCUGGAGGUGGCGCGCACACACGAGCGAGGCCUGGGGAAGUUCACCGACCGGGUGCGCGUGGCGCUCGGCUUCCACAGCAGCUCGGCGUCCACGCUGCCCGCGUUCACCCGGCGUCCGCUGAGCUCAGCGCGGCGAGCGACGUCCGUGCGCGCGCCGAGAGGGUCGGUGGACCGUCUGCCGCCGCCGUACGAGUACUACGGCACAGCGGGGCGGCUACCGCCGCCCGCCGACGGGCCAGUGAAGGUGGUGGGCUCAUCCGUGCGAGGAGCGGUGGAGAACGGGGCGAGCGACCCGGCGCCGGGGGUGACCAGCUGCACGGCCGGGGCCUCCAGGGGGACGACAGCGAUCACGGAUGUGUCCACGUGACCAAAGAGGCCUGUCUGGUGGUGUUACGAUUCGACGGGUCCCUGCUGAGAGUCAUAGAACGGGUCGGGGAGGAGCACAAGACAUGACUUUCACGAGUUCAUACAUGCGAUGCCAUACUAGUCCAAUACGAGGUUCAGCCGCUGGGGCUGGAUACAAAGUGUAGUGUAGACAUUCGUGCCAGUUGCUUUUAUUGUAAGGCAGUGGCGGCGUGUGCCGACAGUGCUGGUGCCUGUGACGAGCUUAGAGCUCUUGUUCCUUGUCGAGCUCAAACGGUGGCAGUGGAUCGUAGACUAGUGACCACACCGAUGACUAGUGACUAGCAAUGAUGCCCAGUGCUCCCUCCAGUCAAACGGACACUGGGGAUGGCCGCUAGUGAUCUCCGCCGUCCACAAAACUGUUCCCACGGAGUCAUGGACUCUUUCCAUGUCGGUCGUCAAUAAUGGUUGUAAGGCGAUGGCCUAGUCAGGUGCUUGUGCGCUGUUGCAUAGCUUGUAUUGCCUGUCUUAUAUAUCGGGCGUAUUUCCGUAUCUAAAUGUGAAAAGUUCGACGCAACUUUUACAUCGGCUUAUCACAAUUAAUUGUCAAGGGGGGGCAUCGCAUGGAUCGAUUUGAUAUAAUUAUUUACCACAUUAAUUUUACGCCUUUGUUCGGAUGCAUUUCCCGCAUUUUAGGUUAUCAAUAAUUUCAUAUAAGAUUGUGAACGCUAGAGCCCAAUAAUUUGUGAAAUUACAGAUGUGGAGCUUCGUAGAAAAAAAGAAUCCAACCUAUUUUUAUUCAUGGCCGUCGUUUUGCUUAUAUGCGAGAACUUAAAAGUGCGUCUUCUUUAUUGUUCUGUACGAGUGGCGGGACAUGCAUGCUUUUAUGUAUGCUUGUAUGCUUUUAUCGCCUCCUGACGACUCCUGCUGUCGCUCAGUUAAUUCUGUGAAGAGCUUACACACUGAGACUUUCUGCUAAGCAGAAGUAUGUGAGCACUAUGCCGGUAUUUAUAUUUUAUGGGAGCUUGCGUGCUGUUCUGUCCAAUGUGUCAGCUCAUGUGACACUGUAUGCACACCAGGGACCACAUGCGACGUGUCAGCGUUUAAUGAAGUCUGUUUGAGCGGUUCGAAUGCGUCGUCCUGAGUGACGUAGUCGUGAUACUGCUUCCUUUUAGCCAGCGCCCACUUCUCUGAAUCAAUGGGGAAAAAACUCUACGUAAGGAAUGAACGGGAAGAUCAAAACGUUCGAACGUUACUUUUAACGCGUCCGACGACACUGAGAUGAACCCAUUUAGUAGCUGACAUACUGCAAAAUGAUUAACCCGCGCCCCGUAGGGCUACCGGCGGACCCUACCACCCGUAGGGGGGGGGGGGCCGUUUCGGCCCCCCCUAAGAUCUCGGAAAGUUACCGGCCGAUUUUCAAAAUUCAAACGGCGUUUGAUAGCCCUACCCGGGAACUACCUUGUGACCAAAUUUCAUUGACCUAGGUCAAACCGAUGACGUCACAGGUCAGGUCAAAGGUCAGAUUUUCACCGUUCACAGGCAAUUCAAGAAAUGUGCUGUGAAAUCGAGUAAAUUGGUAAUUUAUUGAAAACCAUCGAUGGUAUAUUGUUCGUCAAACACAUACUUUGCUAUCUGAGGUCACUGAUACCAGGUCAGGUCACAGCGAGGUCAGGUCACCGGGGGUCACAAUAUGAAUGUGUCGUGUGAUACAUGUUUUAUGGUCCAUUUUACAUGACAAAUGCGAUUAUGUGGGUUAGGCAGCCUUUGGGGCCAGCCUAGGUCACGUUUUGGUGAAGGUCAGGUCAAGGUCAGGUCAAAUUAGGUCAAAUUUCAAAGUUGAUAUUUUUGCAUAAAAUGGGUAUCCAUUCGAUGCAGCUCGUCACGGGGAGUCUAAUGGUGGUCUUUGUUUUGCUCUACGAGUUCUAGAAUUGCCAAAAAUUGAGUUUGAAAAUUUGACGUCAUCAUUUUUGAACAGUUUUUUCGCUAUAACUUGGCCAAAAAACGAGGUAUCGAUCUGAAAUUUGGUAUGUAGAUAGAAGACGGUAGGCACUAUCACAUAUAUUCCGGUUUUUUCGAAACUCAAAAAACUUUUUGGAUUUUUUGGCUAAUAUAUAAAAAAAAUGCUUUUUUGAUUUUUGGGGAUCAAAACUCAAAAAUUUCAAAAAUCCGAGAUAGCAGUUUUGUAGCCCUGUCAAUUCUACACCUUUUAUGUCUUGAUCAUUUUUCUGUAUCUUCAAAGCUGUAGGCCUGACAGGUCUUCUCGCGAAGGUCUUUUUUCGGUCGAAAAUGACAGAACAUGACGUCACUCUGACGUCAUUUGUGGCCAACCUAUCACAGCCUCUGGAAAAAUUUUUGGUCACAAUGUGUAAAAUUGAUGCCCGGAGGGGUCCUGAAAGUUUGGUGGCGAUAUCUCCAGCCGUUUAGGAGAUAUCGACCGAAAAGGACAGGGGGGGGCCGUUUCGGCCCCCCCCCUACGGGGCACGGGUUAACUUAUCUAAGUUUCCAAAUUGUAAUAACCAGCCUUAAUCAAUUCCCGCCGCACUGGUCGGCCAGAACUGAUUACGAUCCCGUGGGCCCAUGCUCUGUGCGCCUUGAGCUCACUGUCACUGCGCACUAUGUCGCACCAUUUUUACCAGCGCGGGAUGCACGCUGUACUGUGAUAAUAUGCCUACUUCAAAUGUGUUCGGGAUGGGAGCGAAGGUCGAUGUCUGCAUUGUUCUGUGUGUUCACCUCGUCAGAUCGCGAGUGGGUAUGUGGGUGCUGGUGCGUUUGAUCGUGCUGUGUUUUUGAGCGUUAUAAUGGCACUGGUCCGGGAUCAACUGACUGCCAUAUGACCAGGAGCCUGGUCAUUGACAGCCCUGUCAAUUAAGUAAUUUUGGUUUAUCGUGUUCUUAUCAAGCCUUCGUAACAUCUUUAACAUGUUUCUAGGUGAUUCUUUCAUCGGAGUGAUUUUGACAAAUAGUGUAAGUGGUUUUGUUUAUGUGGUAAACAAUAAAACUGAUACGACGUC